AUGUCUGCUGGUGGAUCAAAGUUCGACAUUGCCUGUGCUAACUUUGCCGAGAUAACAGACACAGACACUGCAUUAGCCAUGUUCUAUCUGCAGGACGUGGACUGGGAUUUAGAGGUGGCAGCCAUUGGUGGUGUCCCCGAUGGACUAGUUGAUGUGUGGGAGGCGACAGGAGGCAGGAAGGAGACGAUGCAUACGUGGGACACUACUCGAAAUCACAAUUUGAGGUGUAGCUAUGCUUGUAGGAAACGGAUGGACAGAAUGUACUUAAAAAGUGAUUUACUGACACCUAUUCACUUUGAAUUGGUGGGUUUGGAGAUCGUGCCUAACACUCAACUGUUUCCCAGCGAUCACUGGGGGAUUGUUGCACAUUUUGUUCUUUAA